GACUCGCUGUGCGGCGGGGUAGCGCACGAACUGAGCUAGCAUGCGGGGGUUCCGAGCGGCCAGGCUGCCGGUGCUGCCGCUGCUGUGGCUGUGGCUGUCUCGGACCGCGGCGCUGCACCCAGGCGAGCUCUUCCCCUCUGGGCGGGCGUGGGGGGACUACCUCCUGCAGGAAGGCGACGACGAAAGCUCCGCAGCGGUGAAGCUGGCCAGUCCUCUGCGAUUUUACGAAGCGCAGUUCAGCUACCUCUACGUGGGCACCAACGGCAUUAUCUCCACUCAGGACUUCCCCAGGGAGACCCAGUAUGUGGAUGAUGAUUUCCCUACGGACUUCCCGGCCAUUGCCCCCUUCCUGGCAGACAUCGAUACAAGCCAGGGCAGGGGCCGGGUGCUGUACCGUGAGGACACGUCCCCCGCCGUGCUGGGCCUGGCCGCGCGCUAUGUGCGCGCAGGCUUCCCUGGCAGCGCUGCGCACUUCACUCCCACCCACGCCUUCUUGGCCACCUGGGAGAAGGUGGGCGCCUACGAGGAGGCCAAGCGAGGGGCGCCGCUCUCACGGGAGCUGAAUACUUUCCAGGCAGUUCUGGCAUCUGAUGAGUCUGAUACCUACGCCCUCUUUCUUUAUCCUGCCGAUGGCCUUCAGUUCUUUGGAACCCGCCCUAAAGAGUCUUAUAAUGUCCAACUCGAACUUCCAGCCCGGGUGGGCUUCUGCCGAGGGGAGGCUGAGGACCUGAAGAGGGAGGGACCGUACUUCAGCUUGACUAGCACUGAACAGUCUGUGAAAAAUCUCUACCAACAAAGCAACCUGGGUGUUCCCGGAGUGUGGGCUUUCCAUAUCGGCAGCACCUCCCCGCUGGACAAUGUCAGGCCAGCAGCCGCUGGAGGAAACCUUUCCAAGACCCACACUGCGGCUCCCCUGGGCCAUGCCAUCAUUCAGGCUGUGGCCCUGGAAAGCAGCUACACUGAGGACAAUUUGGAUUAUUAUGAUGAGAACGAGGAGGAAGUCGAAUACCCCCCGGGUGAACCAGAGGAGGCAUCGAACGGCCACAGCAGUUUCGAUGUUUCCUUCCAAUCAAAAGCUGAGUCAAGGCCUGUAGGAGGUGGGAUCUCUCCACCGGAUUCUGAUCUGGCCUUCCCUUUGCCACCUCCAACACCCAGUGACUGGCCAUUCCACUCUGGCAGGGACUCUGCCGCCCUGGAUCCUCAAACCCAAGACGGGAGGCCUCUGGAGGAGACAGAUGCCCCGGAUUUAAAAGGCCGAGUUGAGUCUCAUGAAGAGCCAGGGACCAGACACCCAGGUCCAUCAGAGAUAGAAGGAGAUUCACUGGGGCCUUCCCAGGAAGCCCCAGCUCCCCGCCCCGAGAACAGAAGCACCCGGCCCUACCCGGGUGGCGGGGCACCGCCUGCGGAAGUGGACGUUCCUCCAGCCCAUCCUGAAGGAGAGGGGGCUCUUCCCAAUUACCCUGUGCCGGAUCGCACUCCACCGCUGGGUGGAGGGAGGCAAGUGGUAGGGGUGGAAGACGACAUCGUUUCCAACACUGAGGUCUUCACAUAUAACACUGGCAACAAGGAGACCUGUGAACACAACCAUGGACAGUGCUCCCGGCAUGCCUUCUGCACCGACUACACCACCGGCUUUUGCUGCCACUGUCACUCUCGGUUUUACGGGAGCGGGAAGCACUGUCUGCCAGAAGGGGCACCUCACCGAGUCAAUGGGAAAGUGAGUGGCCACCUCCAUGUGGGCCACACGCCUGUGCACUUUGCUGAUGUGGACCUGCAUGCUUACAUCGUGGGCAAUGAUGGCAGAGCCUACACGGCUAUCAGCCAGAUCCCGCAGCCCGCGGCCCAGGCCCUUCUCCCACUCACACCAAUAGGAGGCCUGUUUGGCUGGCUCUUUGCUUUAGAAAAGCCAGGCCGGGAGAAUGGCUUCAGCCUCACUGGUGCUGCCUUUAUCCAUGACAUGGAAGUUACUUUCUACCCAGGAGAGGAGACGGUUCGAAUCACUCAAACUGCUGAGGGACUUGACCCAGAAAACUAUCUGAGCAUUAAGACAAACAUUCAGGGCCAGGUGCCGUACAUCCCAGCAAAUUUCACAGCCCAAGUAGCUCCCUACAAGGAGCUCUACCACUACUCAGACUCAGUUGUGACCUCUACAAGUUCCAGAGACUACUCUCUCAUGUUUGGUGCCACCAACCAAACGCGGUCCUACCGCGUCCGCCAGAACAUCACCUACCAAGCCUGCAGGCAUGCCCCCAGACAGCAGGCUGUCCCCACCACCCAGCAGCUGAAUGUGGAUCGGGUCUUUGCCUUGUACACCGAAGAAGAAGGAGUGCUGAGAUUUGCUGUGACCAAUCAGAUCGGCCCUAUUGAAGGGGACUCAGACCCUGCCCCAGUGAAUCCCUGUUAUGAUGGUAGCCACGCAUGUGACACGACAGCUCAGUGCCAUCCGGGGGCAGGUACAGACUACACCUGCGAGUGUGCACCUGGGUACCAGGGAGAUGGACGGAGCUGUGCUGAUGUCAAUGAAUGUGCAACUGGCUUCCAUCGCUGUGGCCCCAACUCUGUGUGCAUCAAUUUGCCAGGAAGCUACCGGUGUGAAUGCCGGGGUGGUUAUGAGUUUGCAGAUGACCGGCGCACUUGCAUCUUGACUGCGCCCCCUGCCAACCCCUGUGAGGAUGGCAGUCAUACCUGCGCUCCUGCUGGCCAGGCCCGGUGCAUCCACCACGGAGGCAGCACGUUCAGCUGCGCCUGCCUGCCAGGCUAUACCGGCAAUGGGCACCACUGUACCGAUGUGGAUGAAUGCUUGGAAAACAGAUGCCACCCCUUGGCUACCUGCUCCAAUACCCCUGGGUCCUUCUCCUGCCAUUGCCAGCCUGGAUAUCAUGGGGAUGGAUUCCAAUGCACACCUGUCCCGGAAGACCCCACCUCAGGACCGAAGCCAUGUGGACACCAGCAGCGUGAUGCCCAGGCUCAGCGCACCUAUCCUGGUGACCGGCUCCACAUCCCCCAGUGCGAUGAACAGGGACACUUCCUGCCACUGCAGUGUCACAGCAGCUCCGGCUUCUGCUGGUGCGUGGACCCCGAUGGCCAUGAAGUCCCAGGCACCCGGACUCCUCCUGGCUCCACUCCGCCUAACUGCAGACUAUCAGAGCCCACCCAGAGGCCCCAGACCGUCUGUGAGCGUUGGAGGGAAAACCUGCUGGAGCACUAUGGUGGCACCCCCAGGGAUGACCAGUACGUGCCCCAGUGUGAUGACCUGGGCCGCUUCACCCCACUGCAGUGCCAUGGAAAGAGUGACUUCUGCUGGUGUGUGGACAGAGAUGGCAGAGAGGUGCAGGGCACCCGCUCCCAGCCCGGCACCACCCCUGCAUGCAUACCCACGGUCGCUCCACCCAUGGUCCGGCCCACGCCCCGGCCUGACGUGACCCCUCCAUCCGUGGGCACCUUCCUGCUCUACGCCCAGGGUCAGCAGAUCGGCCACUUGCCCCUCAAUGGGACCCGGCUUCAGAAGGACAUGGCCAAGACCCUGCUGUCACUGCAUGGCUCCAUAGUCGUGGGGAUUGACUAUGACUGCCGAGAGAGGAUGGUGUACUGGACAGAUGUUGCUGGCCGGACAAUUAGCCGUGCCAGUCUGGAACCUGGAGCAGAGCCCGAGACGAUCAUUACCUCAGGUCUGAUAAGCCCUGAAGGACUUGCCAUUGACCACUUCCGUAGAACGAUGUACUGGACAGACAGUGGCCUGGAUAAGAUAGAGAGGGCCAACCUGGACGGCUCUGAUCGCAAGGCCCUCUUCCACACAGACCUGGUGAACCCCCGUGCCAUUGCUGUGGAUCCAAUCCGAGGCAAUUUGUACUGGACAGACUGGAAUCGAGAAGCUCCUAAAAUUGAAAUGUCUUCUUUAGAUGGAGGGAACAGAAAAAUUCUGGUGAAUAAAGACAUUGGACUACCCAAUGGUUUAACCUUUGACCCCUUCUCCAAACUGCUCUGCUGGGCAGAUGCAGGAACCAAAAAACUGGAGUGUACACUACCUGAUGGAACUGGACGGCGUGUCAUCCAAAACAACCUCAACUACCCCUUCAGCAUUAUUAGCUAUGCAGAUCACUUCUACCACACGGAUUGGAGGAGGGAUGGUGUUAUAUCAGUAAACAGAGACAGUGGCCAGUUCACUGACGAAUAUCUCCCAGAGCAGCGAUCUCAUCUCUACGGGAUAACUGCAGUCUACCCCUACUGCCCAGCAGGAAGAAAGUAAAUACAGCAUCAUGAUGGACUUGGAGUUUACAAUCAGAAUAUGGACCCGAAAGAACAUAUAUACUGCAAAUAGAGAAAGUGAAUGAGGAAUUGGCCAUUAUAAGUUCUUGGAAACAAGGUGAAUAGUUUCAGUGCAAAAAGACUAAGUAUAUUUUGUGAAAAGUUUAUACCUCAAUCUUUACUACUGUAUUUUAAAAAAAAAGGUUAUUACAAGUUUUUUAAAAGGUAGUGGAAUUUUAUAAAAUGUUGCUUUAAUAAGCAACAAUUAAACAUUUAUAUCAUAUUUAAAAGGUCAAAUUCACUCAACUAAGAACCAAUUUAAGACCCUAAAUCUUAAAUCUGAUUUUUAUUAUGGAUUCUUUCUGGCCAAGAAAUUAAAGCACACAAUAUCAGUAUAAAAAUACAAUCUUAAAGAUCACAAACCUUGAUGUAGUUAAAGAAGGCUAUGCAGAACUAAUGGGAAAGAACCAACUUAUUUAUAGUUUCCAGGAUUUUUUUUACCUCGGCAUCAGUGCAUUUCUAUUUAUAUUAAAAGGUGCUAGAAUGUUUCAAUUUGUGUUUCCUUAUCCUGUAAAUCCCUCUAUAGACUACCCACAGAAAUUACAUUUAUAAAUACCAACGCUGUAACAGUUCUAAUUUUCUAGAUUACUCCAAUAAAAUAUUUUAAGAUUUCC